CGGGGCGGGGCGUCUCCCGCGCCAGCCUAGCGUGCCCUCGUCUACGCCGGGAGUAUGUCGCGGGCGCGGGGCCACCUGCACUCAGCCCUACUCCUGGCAGCGGUUACUGCACGCGGAGCAACUACCGGGGUCGGUGCGCGGCGAGGGUUAAGCGCGCGGCCGGCGCCACAAGAGCCCGGCAUGGAGUAUCAGGAUGCUGUGCGCACACUCAACACCCUGCAGACCAAUGCUGGUUACCUGGAGCAAAUGAAGCGUCAGCGGGGUGACCCCCAGACACAACUGGAAGCCAUGGUGCUUUAUCUGGCACGUAGUGGGCUGCAGGUGGAGGACUUAGACAAGCUGAACAUCAUCCACGUCACUGGGACCAAGGGGAAGGGUUCCACGUGUGCCUUCACUGAGCGGAUCCUCCGAAACUAUGGCCUAAAGACAGGAUUCUUUAGCUCUCCCCACCUGGUGCAGGUGCGUGAGCGGAUUCGCAUCAACGGGCAGCCCAUCAGCCCUGAGCUCUUCACCAAGCACUUCUGGCACCUCUACCACCGCCUGGAGGAGACCAAGGACGGCAGCUGUGUCUCCAUGCCUGCCUACUUCCGCUUCCUCACGCUCAUGGCCUUCCACGUCUUCCUUCAGGAGAAGGUAGACCUGGCGGUGGUGGAAGUGGGCAUUGGUGGGGCUUACGACUGCACCAACAUCAUCAGGAAGCCUGUGGUGUGUGGGGUCUCCUCUCUUGGCAUGGACCACAUCAGCCUUCUGGGGGACACGAUGGAGAAGAUCGCAUGGCAGAAAGGGGGAAUCUUUAAGUGUGGCGUUCCCGCCUUUACUGUGCUGCAGCCCGAUGGUCCCCUGGCAGUGCUGAAAGAGCGUGCCCAGCAAAUCUCAUGUCCUCUCUACCUGUGCCCGUCACUGGAAGUCCUAGAGGAAGGGGGACCACCACUGACCCUGGGCCUGGAGGGGGAUCACCAGCGGUCCAAUGCCGCCUUAGCCUUGCAGCUGGCCCGCUGCUGGCUGCAGCGACAAGACCACCCGGGGGAACUGAAGGUGUCCAGUCCUGGUCUCCUGCGGCAGUUGCCCCUGGCACCCGUGUUCCAGCCCACACCCCACAUGAGGCAUGGGCUUCAGGACACAGAGUGGCCAGGCCGGACCCAGGUUCUGCGGCGUGGGCCCCUCACCUGGUACCUCGAUGGUGCACACACGGCCAGCAGCGUGCAGGCCUGCGUGCGCUGGUUCCGCCUGGCACUGCAGGGUCAGGAGAGGCUGAGCAGUGGGCCAGAGGUACGUGUCCUGCUUUUCAAUGCCACCGGGGACCGGGACCGGGCAGCCCUGCUGAAGCUACUGCAGCCCUGCCAGUUUGACUAUGCUGUCUUCUGCCCCAACCUGACAGAGGUGUCAUCCACAGGCAAUGCAGACCAGCAGAACUUCACAGUGACACUGGACCAAGUGCUGCUCCGCUGCCUUGAACACCAGCAGCACUGGAGCAACCUGGCUGAAGAGCAGGCCAGCCCGGACCUCUGGAGGUCUCCCGGCCUGGAGCCUGGUGGCCCCACGCACCUGCUGCUGGCACCCCGACCACCCCACGCCCACAGCACCAGCUCCCUUGUCUUCAGCUGCAUUUCCCAUGCCUUGCAGUGGAUCAGCCAAGGCCGGGACCCCGUCUUUCAGCCACCCAGUCCCCCACGGGGCCUUCUCACCCACCCCGUGACAAGCAGUGGGGCCAGUGUACUUCGGGAGGCUGCCGCCAUCCAUGUGCUGGUCACGGGCAGCCUGCAUCUGGUGGGUGGUGUCCUGAAGCUGCUGGAGCCCUCCCUGUCCCAGUAGCUGAGGCAGCGGGGUUGGAGGUGGGCCUGCCCACACCUGCCCUGCGUUCUCUCCGGAACUAUACUCGGUGCCUUUUGUUUUCUGCUGUCCUGGUUCUGUCUACACAGAUCUGGGCACUGGGCGGUAGAGAGGGGACUAGAGAGG